AUGCGUUCCCGAAGGGUGCUGAUAGGCUCUCCUCCACGCAUCCUCCCCCGGAGAAGCCCCAACUUUCCGCUUGUUCUGCUAGCCGCCUUUCUCGCUUUGUCUCUAGACAAGCGACGGGUCCUUCAACCUGUCCAUGGUGCCGAUUCAUCAGAUCGCGGAUCUACGGUGACUCCCUCCAGUUCGUACAUAGUCUAUUUGCGCUCCGCGCCGCCUAUUCUCAACUACCGCGGAGGGAUCAAGGGCUAUGCCGCGACGGCGCCCGACGUCGCAGACUCGUCGCUGCUAACGACGUCGUCCAUCGGCGACGCGCUGGGCAACAUCGGUCACAGUGUCAGCGACGCCGUUAAUGGCGCAAUGAGCGACAUUCGCCAGAGAUUUCGGCCGCUGCGCGCCGAUAUCAGGGCCUCUGGCGUGCAGGCUUUCCAGAAGUUUCUGGCGAAGAUUCAGCAGGAUAUCGCGGCGUCAGUCAACGUCUCCUCUAAGAACAUCUUUAGAAGCUACACCUACGCGGUAAACGCGUUCGGCGCGCGACUAAAUCAGGACCAAGUAGAGGCCCUCGAGUCGCAUCCUGACGUGGCAAUGGUGCGGCCCGACCGCAUCGUGCAUCUGCGCACGGCGCACACGCCGACGUUCCUGAAGCUGUCGACGACGCUGUGGAGCGCGAAUGGCGGCGUGAAGAACGCGGGCGAGGGCGUGAUUAUCGGCGUGAUCGACUCGGGCAUAUGGCCGGAGCACCCGUCGUUCGCUGACAACACGUACGGGCCGGUUCCGGCGCGGUGGCGCGGUACGUGCGUGAAGUCGGCGGAUUUCAAGGCGUGCAACAAGAAGGUGAUCGGCGCGCGGUUCUACAACGCGGGCAUCAGCCAGGCGGGCGUCGCAAUCGACUAUGCGACGGACUUCAAGUCGCCGCGCGACGGCAACGGCCACGGCUCCUGGUGCUCCGGGGCCGCGGCGGGAAACAAUGGAGUGAACGUGAAAAUGGGCCCUUCGAGCUUCGGCAUCGCGUCGGGCAUGGCGCCGCGCGCGCGCAUCGCGAUGUACAAGACGAUGUGGCGGCUCGCCGGCACAGACGGCGCGAGCGGCGCGAUGAGCGACGUGUACGCAGCCGUCGAUCAGGCGAUCGCGGACGGCGUGGAUGUGCUGAGCCUCUCCGUGGGUGGCGGGCUGACGAGCUACUUCGACGAUCUUAGCUUCAUCUCCGCCGUACAGGCGGGCGUUUUCGCGACAUUAGCGGCGGGCAACCAGGGCCCGCCCCCGGCGGACCUGUUUAACUACGCCACCAUCGACAACUACUCGCCCUUCUACCUCACCGUCGGCGCCAGCUCGACGGAUCGGCGGUACGUGGCGAACAUGACGCUGGGCAACGGAGUGGUGCUGCAGGGCCCGUCGUGGGGUGGCAGCAACAAGAUGCUGCAGAUUGUGGACGGCGGCCAGGCCGUGCGCCCCUUCGCCAGCUCCACGCGGGCGAAGCUGUGCUACUCGAACGCCAUAAUGGCCAACAAGGUCUCAGGCAAGAUCCUUCUCUGCGUGCGCGGGGAGAACUUCCUCACGGACAAGCUCUCGGCCGCCGUCACAGCGGGCGCUGCAGCAGUGAUAAUCAGCAACGUGGCCAAGGGGCUGAGCAACACGGUCUUUCUCCGGUCUACGAUUCCCGUGAUCCACAUCACGGCCAACCAGGCCGCGCAGUUGCAGCGGUACCUCAGCAACAUGCGAGCAAAAGGGCGCGUGCCCACGGCGCGCAUCUCAUCCCCCUACGCCGUCGACAACGACAUGGCGCCAGUCAUCGCCGACUUCUCCUCGCGCGGACCCGUCGUCAACCCGGCCAUGCAGGCCUCCUGGGCCGGCACCAACGACAUCUUAAAGCCCGACGUCGUCGGCCCGGGGGUCAACCUCUGGGGCCCCUGGCGCACCCCGUCCCUCGCCCAAGCUUCCACUCCUAACUUCGGCAUGGUUUCCGGAACAUCCAUGGCUACUCCUCAUCUUGCGGGGCUUGCGGCGCUGGUUGUGCAGAAGAAUCCGACUUGGUCGCCCGCUCAGAUCAUCUCUGCGUUCAUGACAACUGCUAGCACCAUGACUAAUCGCGGCACGUUGAUUCCUACGGACACGGGGAGCGUGGCGACCCCGUGGGACAUGGGCCAGGGCCAGGUGAACACCAGCGGAUUGCUAAACCCCGGGCUGACAUACGACGCCUCGUAUAUCGAUUUUGUGAAUUUUCUCGCGGGGCAGAGCAGCUGGCGGGCGAAUAAUAUCUUUUCGGGCAUGCAGCUGACCCCCGUGCCGGCGUACAAUCUCAACCGUGCAUCCAUCAGCGUGUCACGGAUGAAAAGGUUUGUCACGAUCAACCGGAGAGUGACGAGCGUGUGGGUCAGGCCGUCUACCUAUCGUGCUGUGCUCGUGGUUCCUGAUAACGUCGGAAUUGACUUGGAGCCGAAGAUGUUUACGAUAGCUCCCGGAGCGUCGGUGAAGUAUCAGAUGAAUAUUACGGUGCGGAGGGCGUCGGCUGCGUUCUCGUAUGGGAGCUUGACAUGGGUGGAUAAUAAUGGGCAUGCAGUGCGGUCCGUGAUUGCUGUGCAGCCGCUGACAGCGUGA